AUGGGAGCCUCUUGUCUCCUGGCAAACCUCACUCUAUGCUUUCAGCUCCUGAUCCUCUGCUGCUGCCAAACCCAGGGGGAGAAUCACGCGUCUCCUAAUUUUAACCAGUAUGUGAGGGACCAGGGUGCCAUGACUGACCAGCUGAGCCGGCGGCAGAUCCGAGAAUACCAGCUCUACAGCCGGACCAGCGGCAAGCAUGUUCAGGUCACUGGGCGCCGCAUCUCCGCCACCGCUGAGGACGGCAACAAGUUUGCCAAGCUCAUAGUGGAGACAGAUACAUUUGGCAGCCGGGUUCGCAUCAAGGGGGCUGAGAGUGAGAAAUACAUCUGCAUGAGCAAGAGGGGAAAGCUCAUUGGGAAGCCCAGCGGGAAGAGCAAAGACUGCGUGUUUACAGAGAUUGUGCUGGAGAAUAACUACACAGCCUUCCAGAACGCCCGCCAUGAGGGCUGGUUCAUGGCUUUUACCCGCCAAGGCCGGCCCAGGCAGGCCUCCCGCAGCCGACAGAACCAGCGGGAGGCCCACUUCAUUAAGCGUCUCUACCAGGGCCAGCUGCAGUUCCCCAACCACGGGGAAAGGCAAAAGCAGUUUGAGUUUGUGGGAUCAGCACCAACCCGCCGGACCAAGCGCACCCGGCGACCCCAGCCCCUCACGUAG